AUGCCCCUCACGCAUUUGGACGUGAUCAUCAGUCUGACAUCUCUGAGCGAUAGAGCUGUUCAUCGGGUCGGUCAAACCCUACAGGAUGGCAUUUGCAUCAGAAAAGUUCCUCGCUUGACGCAAGCAAUAGUCGUAUUCAGGUCAUCUCUGGCAAGCAAUUUCAGCCCCAUUGACGAUCACUUCAGCUCGCAAUUGGGGCCAUCGCCGCUGUCGCCGCUGCUGCUCGCACGACCGAUAUGGUCUGCCCUUGGCUGCCUCCGAGCGCUCGCCUUCACCAUGGCGGAACUGAAGCAUCGAUACCAGUCCGUUGUCAGACAACGGCGCCGACGUGCGCUUGCUGUCGCCAGCACAAUCAUAUUCGUCCUCGUCAUCUCGCUGUUGCUACCAGUGACAGUCGAUACCUCCCGACUUCAGCAAGACCGGCCUUGGCGGACGAUCGCAGCUUGGUCCUGGCUAGGACCAUCAAGUCCUGCUGGCACAGCACUUGUACAGUACGGAAUCGGCGCGGCAAGCUUGUUUGGCGGCAGGAACUCGCAAUUUCUCAUGUCCGGCGAUACGGGCUAUGCGCAAGGCAGAGCAGCUGAAACAAAUCUUAUCACGUUCAUCAGCUCGCAAAUUGGAGCGCCUCGAGCAGGGCGCCCGAUCUGGGCAGUUAUAGGCGGUGGCUUUUACUUAGAGAACGCUCUGCCGCAAUUGGCAGCCUACCUCGAUGCUUUGCAGCUCGUCAACACUGCCGACGCCUUCAAACGGCCCCCGGGUCCUAAGCUGGGCGGUCAUCCGGAUGAAGUAUAUCGCAAUCUCAGCGCAGCCGACACGCCAAAGCCAGCCUUGCUGGUGAUCUGUCUCGACGAGGCUUGUAUGUCCCAAUGCGCCUCGUCUGGGCUCAUGUGCUUCAUAUACGAUAAGCCAGAGGACUUUCCGGAGCAAUACAAAAAGCUGAGUGCGUAUUUUGCGAUUGGCUGGCAAAAGGCAACUGCAUUAGCGGACCUCGCGAGUGCCGGUCAUUCCGUCGUAUUCUCGGAUCUCGAUGUGUUCUUCCAGGGCAACGUUUUCGAGUAUCUGCACGAUAUUGAAGACGGUGCCUAUGACAUACAGAUGCAGGACGAAUGCAACGAAUCCCUUAAUAUAGGAUUCUUUGCUCAGCGUGGCACAUCGGCCGUUGAGACUCUUUGGCGGACCGUGGCAAACGACGUCGCUUUUGGAGGCUCUUGGGAUCAGCGCGCUGUCAACGAUUUCCUAGACGUUCGCAGGUUGCGUACGGCGAACUAUACAACGUGGCCGCCGAUCAGCAGCUUUGUCAGCCCGACCGGAUUGAAGGUCUAUGUCAUCGACAAAGCUCGAGUAUGGGCACGUAUGUCGGGUCUCAUGCCGCCUGCCAGUGUCGUUGGGCUUCACUUGACAUGUCCUGGUCCUGCCGAGCUCAGACUUCAUGACGCAAAAGAGAACGGUUUCUGGCACGAUGUCAAUCGAUAUUAUACAGACCCGCCUCGGAUACUGACCAUAGGCGCUCUUGCCGGCAAUCAGACCACAGUAGCACGUCAGGUGAAGGUUAUGCUCGCCUUGGCUCGUGCCACUGGUCGUGCUUUCGUGCCGCCGUCGCAGGUCUAUGUCGUAUCGCGACUACCGCAGAUGACAGUGACCGAAUAUGAGCAUCUGCACAGUAUAGGCAUAUCAUCGCCUACGCAGGAGGAUCGUCUGCAACACGCCAAUGCGACUGAUAUUAAGAUGCUCGACGCGCCCGCGAUUUAUCACCGUCGAUUCCCAGCGGCUAUCAAUUUAGAGCGACUCUUACAUCUGACAGAUGUUACAAUUCUCGAGCCAUCCUACCUCCGCAACGCGCUUCGAUACCUCGUUUCUUCUGCUAGCGCAGCGCGUGUCGCACAAAGACCUGUUGAUAGCAUGCUCCUCAAUACUUAUCAGCAUGCUCUCGACACACUGUCCAGUGAGCCAUAUGCUUCCGCGCCCGUCCUGACGAUUAUGGAUCAUGAUGACAUCAGUCGAUUCGAGCCGCCGAGAGACGCCGUCGAGGUUCCCCUGUGUCGGACCAUCGAGACGCCGGAGCGCUGUGGACUCAUCUGCGCGUAG